AUGAGAGCAGAAGGCCGACGAGAUCUGGAGCCUAAUCAUACUAGACCUGAAGGCGCUGUGUUGGGAUCCGUGACCCUGACAUCCAGCUGGGUUGCUGUCUCCACGGUGGCCUUGGCGGUUCUUGGCAGAAAAGUGAGCGAUCUCAGUACAGUACAGAACUUUGGGAGCCGCUGGGCAAGUGGCGUCCUCCUACAGUUCCUGGACAGGUACUUCUACAACCGGGAGGAGUACCUGCGCUUCGACAGCGACGUGGGCGAGUACCGGGCGGUGACCGAGCUGGGGCGGCCAGACGCCGAGUACUGGAACCGCCUGACAGACCGCCUGGAUUACCUGCGGGGCGCGGUGGACACCUACUGCAGACACAACUACGGGGUUGGCGAGAGCUUCACGGUGCAGCGGCGAGCUCAGCCCAAGGUGACCGUGUAUCCUACAAGGACCCAGCCCCUGCAGCACCACAGCCUCCUGGUCUGCUCUGUGAACGGUUUCUACCCAGGCAACAUUGAAGUCAGAUGGUUCCGGAAUGGCCAGGAAGAGAAGGCUGGGGUUGUCUCCACAGGCCUGAUCCGUAAUGGAGACUGGACCUUCCAGAUCCUGGUGAUGCUGGAAACAGUUCCUCAGAGUGGAGAGGUUUACACUUGCCAAGUGGAACACCCAAGCCUGACGGACCCUGUCAGGAUGGAAUGGAGGGCACAGUCAGAAUCUGUACAGGGCAAGAUGCUGAGUGGGAUUGGGGGCUCCGUGCUGGGGCUGCUCUUCCUUGGGGUGGGGCUGUUCAUCCACAAAAGGAAUCAGAAAGGACACUCUGGACUGCAACCAACAGGUAUGACCUUUACUUCUCUUUUAGAGACAUAA